AGUGAAAUGGAUAAGCUCGGAAUUAUCGACGUGUCAUUGGACGGAUUCGCCGAGAACUCAAUUCCAGCUCCGGGGGCGGAGAGCUUCCUACCCCCACAUUUGUAGGAACGGGACAGAUAUUUGUAGAGGCAGACGUAGACACGAGCUCAACUCAUGGAGCCAACGCCCCCAGCGUACACUUUCACGCAACUCUCACACGCUACCCUCUCUAUUUGCACGCUUCUCUCUCUCUCUCUCUCCCUGUUCUCACCUUCUUAAGCCCUUGAAUUGACUCUCAUCCUCCUCCUCUUUCUCUCCUUCUCUCUGCGUGUGUCCUCUAUUUCUGAUUCUGAUUCGAUGGCUGCGCUACGGGGAGUUGCUUUCGCUACAAGCCCGGAGCGGGUGGAAGUGAAAUUUUUUAGUGAAAAUAUUUCGACAAGACUGAUUAAGCCUAGUUUUGUCUGUGUCAAACGUAAGUCUGCCUUUUCUUAUAGAAGACAAGUCUGGAAAACCAAAUGCUCAUUAUCUAGAAAAGCCGUGCCUCCACUGGAAUCAGCAGAAAAUGCUCGCAGUGCUUUGACGGAUUAUCUGGAGGAAGAAUCAGGGCAUGUUAUAAGGUUCAGCAUGUCCGAUUUUAAACUGCUUAACCGUGUCAGUAUUGGCCUUGGUGGGAGGGCGGAUGAAGUAGUUUACGAAGGUAUAGUGAAGGAUUCUAGCAGCCCUUUAUAUAAAACCAGAGUUGUGCUCCGGCAAUUUCUAAGCUCACAAGCUCAACGUAGGGGAAAGCGAGCAAUAGAGGUUUUGAAGAAGUUAGUCCGCCGCAGACUCCUUUACCAUUCUUACUCGAUGCAAGUUCAUGGUUAUAUCUAUUCACCUGCAAGUAGCGGCCGUGGCUUGUUUACCCUGGUUCAUGGGUAUCAUGGCAGUUUUUCUUUGAGGCAUUGGCUUCAACAAUCGGAUUGGCUUCCUACCUUGGAAGCUACUCUAGCAUUGGAUGAAGAAUCUGUGAGGAGGGUGGGAGAUGAUACAAUUGGAGGGCCUGCAGUCUCUCGGCAGCUACGAAUCAUUCGUAUAUUGAUGAGAGAUCUCUUAAUUGGAGUGAAUUACUUGCACAGUCAUGGACUUGCCCAUACAGAGUUGAGGCUGGAGAAUGUUCAUAUAAGCCCAGUCGAUAGACAUGUUAAGGUAGGGAUACUAGGGAACGCUGCUGACUUUUAUGAGGAUGGUCCAAACAGUAAUGCGCUGGACACCUGCAUAGACCGGCGACAGAUGAUGAUUGCAUUUGACAUGAGAUGUGUUGGAUUCAUGAUGGCAAAAAUGGUGUUGCAAGAAUUAAUGGAUCCUGCAAUCUUCACAAGGUUCAAAUCAUUCCUCGUGAAGGGAAAUGAUCCUUCAUGCUUGCGGGAAUUUUUAUUGCGAAUACUUAGAAGGAAUUCCCCAUCUGGUAGUGCUGGACUCCAAAUACUUGAUCGGAAUUGGGGUGCUGGUUGGAACCUUCUGUCCUUGUUACUUGCAAACAAACCUUCUAAGAGAAUAAGUUGUUUGGAUGCUCUCAGACACCCAUUUUUGUGUGGACCUAGAUGGCGGGUUGUCCCAUCCAUGAAUAUUAUUAGGUGGGGCCUUGGUUCAACUGCAGUGCGCAUUGCAGAGGAAUAUAUUUACAGCAGGCCACAGCGUAAUAGGCUUGCCUACUUUGUUGAAUUGAUGGAGAUGCUGAACCCGCAUUCAAGGCCAAAGAGCUGGUUGGAGUUUCUGCCUGGAAAAUGGCGUCUAUUGUACUGUACGGGGAGGCACAUAGGCUUAACCCUUCGUCAGCCCUCAGCUCGGGUUCUCAUCGGAGAUGUUAACCUAACUGUUUCAAGAGCAUCAAACCUAAACACCAGCCUUUCUUUCACUUCUGAUAUUGGCUUCACAGUCAUGAUGGGUCAUGAUUGGCCUCAUGAUAAGACUGGCAUUACUGGGAAAUUGGAAGUAGACUCUGUAUUUAGAUUAACAUCCGGAAGACGGUUGUAUCUCAAGGAAGAAAAAAGUGCUGGAAGGUUCUCCUUCGGUCAAUCAAACAAUUUUGAUUCAUUAUUUCAGAAAUUGUCAGCUAGGAAAUGGAGGAAAGCAAUCCCUUUUAAGGAGUUCCCAUCAAGCCUUCCAGUAGCUAAGCUUGCUUCAAAUGACAUAGAGGUGACGAUGAAUCUUGGUGCAACACUUGAUCAAACUGUUGCUACUGCAAAAAAUAUAAUUAAAGAAGUUCGAACGCAAAUACCUCCUGAAAUGUUUGAUUUGUCAAAGCUUGUUUGUGGGACAUAUGUGGACUCCAGGCUUCUAGUCCUCCGUGGGGUGAAUGGUUCAGCUCUCCUAUUUACAAGGUCUUGCGUUGAUGAAACAUUGUAGAUAACUAUUUUCAUGGAGGGAAGUGUAAUUAUGUUCUUCAUUCUCUUAUUGUACAAUCUGUACAAAAAUUCUUAUCUAAUUCACGAUAUGUAUACUACCUGGAAUUGAUUGGAUAAGAUGCUGUGUACUCCAUUUACAAAUCUGUAAAGUUUACUACAUAGAUUGUGCAAGAUUUUCCUUAUUCUGUAUGUACUUGAGAAAUUGAAAAUUAAAGCGAACUUGUGAUGUGAAAAAGCAAUAAUGAAAAUCCUUUUUGUUUC